CCGCGCCCCUCGAUUCCACACCAGCACGCGGCACGCGCCCGAGACGCUCGUACGGGCCGGCGCACCCUAGCCGGGCCGCGAUGCCCACGGCUAACGUGCGCGCGGCGCAGCCUAGCGCCGACCGCAGGUUAAGUACGCUGGUGCGCCACCUGCUGCCUUCUUCCCCACGAACAUCAGCAGCGACCGCCACCUCCGCCGACUCGCUCCAACCUUUCCCCACCAUGGCGUCGCCCUCCGUCUUCGCCGGGAUCGCGCAGGGCCCGGAGGACCCCAUCCUCGGGGUGACGGUCGCGUACAACAAGGAUCCCAGCCCCGUCAAGGUCAACCUCGGCGUCGGCGCCUACCGGACCGAGGAAGGGAAGCCCCUCGUGCUGAAUGUGGUCAAGCGCGCCGAGCAGAUGCUGAUCCAUAACGAGUCACGUGUUAAGGAGUACUUGCCGAUCACUGGAUUGGCCGAUUUCAACAAGUUGAGUGCUAAGCUUAUCUUCGGUGCCGACAGUCCUGCUAUUCAGGAAAAUAGGGUGGCUACAGUGCAGUGCUUAUCAGGAACUGGUUCCCUACGAGUGGGAGGUGAAUUUCUUGCAAGGCACUACCAUGAACGCACUAUCUACAUCCCCCAGCCAACCUGGGGGAAUCACCCAAAAGUCUUCACUUUAGCUGGCCUGACUGCUAGGAGUUACCGGUACUAUGAUCCUGCAACUCGUGGACUGGAUUUCCAAGGACUCUUAGAAGACCUCAGUUCAGCUCCCUCAGGCGCAAUUGUACUGCUUCAUGCAUGUGCCCAUAAUCCUACUGGUGUCGACCCAACCUUGGAGCAGUGGGAACAGAUCAGGCAGCUGAUGAGAUCAAAAGCAUUGCUGCCAUUCUUUGACAGUGCUUACCAAGGAUUUGCAAGCGGAAGCCUUGACAAAGAUGCCCAAUCAGUGCGCAUGUUCGUCGCUGAUGGUGGUGAAUUGCUCAUGGCUCAAAGCUAUGCCAAGAACAUGGGAUUGUAUGGAGAGCGUGUUGGUGCUUUAAGCAUCGUUUGUGGGAGUGCUGAUAUAGCUGUUAAGGUUGAAAGUCAACUUAAGCUUGUAAUUAGGCCUAUGUAUUCGAACCCUCCUCUUCAUGGUGCUUCUAUUGUGGCUACCAUACUUAAGGACAGUGCUAUGUUCGACGAAUGGACCGUGGAGCUGAAGGCCAUGGCUGAUAGGAUAAUUAGCAUGAGGGAGCAGCUUUUUGAUGCGCUGAAAAUCAGAGAAACACCUGGAGAUUGGUCCCACAUCAUUAAGCAGAUUGGGAUGUUUACUUUCACUGGGCUCAACAGUGAUCAAGUAGCCUUCAUGAGGCAGGAAUAUCACAUUUACAUGACAUCUGAUGGGAGGAUCAGCAUGGCCGGUUUGAGCUCCAGGACUGUACCCCAUCUUGCAGAUGCCAUACAUGCUGCAGUUACAAAACUGAAGUGAAUGAUAACAUUGCAACCCCUUCCCAAUAAAAUGUUAAAUUGCCUACAGCAGUGUCCGAAGGUUCAACCAGAGGUGUGUUACUACUGGCUGAACUCAAGAAUUUGCCUUGUAGACUCGCUAAACUUGUUGUCUGAGACAGUUUUGUACACACCGGAUUAAAGAUGAUGGUGAUUUCGAAUCCCGAAUAAGCUGCAGUUGUGAUGCUUUCGUACCCUUGAAUGCUGUGGUAUUUAUCCUGCAGCGCUGUAUAAUGCAUAGUUUUGGGAAGCUAAUGUUUGUCAGCUGUA